CUAUUUUUAAGAACCAAAGUGACAUGCAUACUUGUAUUUAUUAAUAUUUUAUUUGAGUUUCACAUCUUGAUCCAGUCUGCUGAAAAUUGUUUUUAAACUAUUUCCAAAUAUUUUUGUGGCAUUUUUCUCAUGAUGGUGGACACAUAUAAAUAAAGGUCAUCUAUAAAAAAUGUUUCUUUAUUCAAAUCGCUGUGAAGGCAAAAAAAAAAAAUGCUUGUAAGUGUGAUGUAGAAGCUACUACGGCAAGCCACAAGCUCAAACUUCAAAUAAACGUCUACUGCUCUUAAGAAACUAUGUCCUAGCAAACUAUACAGUUUUUAUUAUUAUUUUUUUAUAUUAUUCAUUUGGCUAGAUACAGAAUAACUAUAAUGAAAAGACCACUGGUAAAGCUUUUAAAAUCAUUAAAAUUGUGGUAGGACUAGGACUUUAAACCGUCAAUACUGUGUUUAAGAACCUGACAUGUUCACCGCUUAAGCAGACGUGGUUGUAAUUUAGUUAACAUGAAUACAUUCGGAUAAUAAUGCAUUUUAAAAAAGAAAGAAGGUUAAAAAAAAUAUGCAAGAAGGUGAACUGUCGUGGUUUGGGGGUUUCGGUGUUUUGGUCGAAGGGGCGUGGCCAGAGAUGGCUCGCGGCCACAUUCAGGGUUCGUUGGGCUGCGGAUGGAGAGGGAGGGAGCGACGGGAGGGGGAGGAGGAACCAGCGGUGGAAAAAAAAAGUUAAAGUGAAAAUGGCUUCCUUGUCUUUAGAGUCCACAGAACAAUCUGAGAACAGCCCAGAGGAGCCAUCGGCCACAGAAUCCGAGGAAGCUAAAGAUCCUCUCCAGCUUUCGGAACAAUUACUCCAAAGUUUUCAAAAGUCGGCUCUGAGUUUUUCCACUGACCAAGUUUCAUGUCUGUGCGAGGCCCUUCUGCAGGCGGGCAAUGUGGAUCGCCUGUGGAGAUUUCUCUCCACCAUACCUCCUUCGUCCGAGCUGCUACGUGGCAACGAGACCCUGCUGAAGGCCCAGGCUCUGGUGGCCUUCCACCGGGAGGAAUUCAAGGAGCUCUACGCCAUCCUGGAGAGCCACGACUUCCACCCGUCUAACCAUGGGUUCCUGCAGGACCUGUACCUCAAAGCCCGUUACAAGGAGGCGGAGAGGUCCCGCGGCCGCAGCCUGGGAGCGGUGGACAAGUACCGGCUGAGAAAAAAGUUCCCCCUGCCUAAAACCAUCUGGGACGGAGAGGAGACGGUGUACUGCUUCAAGGAAAAGUCUCGCAACGCCCUGAAAGAGUGCUAUAAGAGCAACAGGUACCCCACUCCGGACGAGAAGAAGAACCUGGCCAAGGUAACCGGACUGUCCCUCACGCAGGUCAGCAACUGGUUCAAGAACCGCAGGCAGCGGGACAGGACGCCGUCCGGAACCCACAGCAAAAGCGAGUCUGACGGGAACCACAGUACCGAGGACGAGGCGAGUGCGAUGGAUGAUAUUUCGGACAAACCGGAGGAGGCUCCCAGCUCCACAGCUUCCGUCAUCUCCGUCUCUGCGGUUCCUUGUAACACGGGAGGCCAGAUCAUCCUCAACGGCUCCAGCGGCAUCCUCACAGCCUCCCAGCCUUUACUCCUCAACGGAAAUUCCCUCAUUUCCAACGCGGGCACCGGCGUCAUCAUUAACGGGCUGAGCUUCUGCGACUGCCAGACGGUCACACUGAGUCCGGUUGCUACCAACUCUCCUUUAAUUGUGAAUGGAGCUCAGGUGAUAACCAAACCUGGGGUCGGCGUGCAGCAGCCUGCAGCUUCCGCACCAGAACCACAAGCCUCAUCUGUGGAGACCAAGUCAGUUGUCCUGAACGCCAACAGCGUGCCAAUCUCAAACACUCCCACUAUCAUUUCUCCUCCUUUGCAAAACAAAACUGAAAGCCGCAACGACAUGGAUUUUAUCGUUGCUCCGAAAUCAGAGGGCACCAGCCAGACUGUAUCCCCAUCUUCCUCAUCACUAUCCCCCUCCUCACCCACUCUGCCCACUCCAACCAGUCUCCCUUCACUCAUCCUCGCACAACCCCCCCAGCAACAGGAGUCCUUCACGCUCCCUGCCGGCCUAUCAUGUGGGGGUGUGGUCAUUUCCACCUCUACCGUGCCUCAGCUAAGCCCCCCAAGUUCUGCCAGUUCUUCUGGCAACUCCACCCCUCAAGUCAUUUCUUUGCCCCAGGUCGUGCCCUCCAUCCAGGGAACACCUGUGUCCCAUCUGGUGCAGCACUCCUCCGGAGUUCCGACAUCGCAGUGUCCUCAGCUGGUCCCUGUGUCCCCCCUAACCUCCCUGCCUCUUCAGUUCCAAAGCCCCCAGACUUUAACCCCGGGAACCAGGCUGGCGCCACAGCAGCAAGAUGCUUCCACAACUGUGGCGGAAAGUGCCAGAACCAUUGUUUCAGUUUCGCAGCUCAACAGUAGCCACCUCCUGCAGCACGGAGAGCAAACCACUGACUUUACGCCCAGCAAAAUUCAGGCUCCGCAGAUCAUUUCCAUUUCCCCUCCUGCACAAGAAACUCCGCCCCCCCAGAGUAAAGGUAGCACCACAGCACAAAUGGUCCCAGUCUCCAUGCCUCAGCUGAUUCCAGUCUCCUCCAUCCAAAAUUCAACCAGCAUCUCCUUCCCGCAAGUUGUACCUACCAGUUCCAAUCUCCCCAUCGCCUCUAGUGGAGUCCCCUUGCAAAUUCAGCCUUCAGCUACCGCCGUUAGCGGGGUCGCCCAGAACUCUGUAAGGAUCAACCAGCUGAGACCCGUUCAGAACCCUCCCAGCAGCAUGGCUCCUGCAGUGCAGCUCCUGAACCCUGGGAUCAUCCAGCUGUCCCCCACUUCCCAAGGUGGUCUUCUCUUCGGGGGAAGCCCCUACCUGAGUGUCCAGCAGGGCAAGCUGAUUCUGACCAUCCCAGCAGGCCUUCAGCUGACCAGUGUCCCGCUGAAGCCAGUCCCAGACCCUGCACCGGUUUCUUCAAACGGAAUGAGUCCAUCUCUAAACCUCCCCACCCUUUCUGUUGGCCCCCAGGCUUCAGUCACCCCAGCCCUUACAUCCAGUGGGCUCAUGGCAUCCCCUUUGAAUUUCAACAACUCCUCCCCGCCCUACUGCGCCCCAGAGUCUUCGAUCGGCCAAACCCCUUCCGUCCUCUCCCCACAGCCGCUGGACCAGUCGGCAAAUGUACUGACUCCAGAGAGCAUGCUCACCCUCAGUCCCAUGUACAGUGGAGUCACUUCAAACGUCCAGCUGUCCCAGCCGGCUUGGAGCCCCGUGCCGCUCUCCACCUCGGCGAGUCUCGCCAUGUUUGACGUUCGUGGCAAGGGGGACUUACCCGUGGACCCGGCUUUGUUGGGUCUCACUGGGGGGGAGUCGCUGCUUCUGGGAAGCCCGACCCCGGAGCAAGACGGAGAAGCCAGCUCACCACUGGGAAAUCCAGAAGACGGGGACUCCAAGAUCCUUACUCAACUCCAGUCUGUCCCUGUGGAUGAUGAACUGGGUUUGUAGUCUGUUUACAAAGGCUAAGAACAAAAUUACACUAUUUUGACAAACCCAUUAUUCUUUGAAUAUGCCCAGCAAAGAACAUCUUUUACACCCCGACGGGCAGAAUUAUUGGUAAAGUUCAGCAGCAGCUUCCCCAUGGGAGUAUCCGCUCAUCUUUCAUAGGAUUUUUGGGGUUCUAUUCAUUCAUUUUUAAGAUAAAGACCGGGGAGCUUCCUUCUUUUUGAGGAUUUGGGGGUAAACGUACACACACCACGACUGAUUUUUUUUUUUUUGAGCAGGUAGAGCCAUGUCUCCACCAUAAAAGGCUGACAAAAGUCUUCAACCAGUUGCAGAGCUGGUUUGGAGCAUCACGUGACUCCAACAACACUCCUUUAGAAGACAAUUAGCAACCAUUUAGUCGACAGAAGACGUGGACUUGUGAAACCAUAUUAUCUCAGUUCAAAGGCUACACAGCAGUAUUUUCUGAUUUCAUGUAAGUUACUGAAGAUUUCUUGAAUGGUGUCUUUUAUGGUAAAGGAGGAAGUACAAGAAAAAAAAACAGGAAAAUAAAGGGUUAUCGUCGUUUUCAAACUAUGCAAUGCUAACGUAGCUUCUUAUAGGACACUAUAUGGAAUUGCGGCUGGUAAAACAGCUAGGACACUUGGGAGAUGAAGAGGAGCUUUUAAAAAAAAAAAAUGGAGCAUUUACAGUGCAUUACACUAAAACAUUUGCUGUGAUCCCACAAAGUGAUAUCCCAAAUCUCAGUAUGUUGAUGCUGAUAAGUGCCUUAUUUUAAACUUUUAUUGAUGGUCUAUUAAAAUGUUUAUAUAUAUAUAUAUAUAUUUCUACAGAAAAAAAAAUCAAGUAAAUUCUAUAGCUAACCAAAUUCCCGAACUCACUUCAUAGA